UCUGGUGUAGCGCGUUGAAGUACCCCCGUCGCAUCGCUAGAGGAAGGGGGUCUAGGACGGGCUUUGUUUGUGGAUGUGAAUGAGCAGCAUCAACCACCUCCAGAAAUGUGGACGGAUAAUAUAAGGAUUUUACUACUUUUUCAUUUGUUGGCCCUGAAGCUUCAUUCAUCCGAAGCAGCAGUGGAUGACUGUGAGGAUGGACAGUUCCAGUGCAGCAACCAAAGGUGUAUUCCCGCCAUUUGGAAGUGUGACGAUGACGACGACUGUUCGGACAACAGUGACGAAGAGAAUUGUCGCCUUGAGGCCGGGGAGGUGGAACUUGAUGAAGUGUCUCCAAAGGUGGACGGCUAUGGCCCAACUAUGACGCCUGAAACCACGGUGGAUCUGCCGGGGUGUCGGCAGAUCCACCGUGGUUUCAGGAAGGUCCCGUUGAAAUGCCUCUCACAGUUCCCGUCGGCCCCUUCUAAACCGGGUCCCCCAACCCAACAGCAGUUGGACUGGCCCGCCGCUCCGCGCUGUGGACCUCCCCAGAGCCACGAGGAAGGUAUCGGAGAGAGGAUGUUGGGCUGGACGGCCCUGGUGGCCACGUAUUUGAAUAGGACCCCCCCCCCCCCCCCCGGUUUGGAUGAGGGGACCAGGGCCGUCCACGCCCCUGGAGGAGGGUUUCUGGACCUGUUGGCCGUGCCCUCAGGUUCCUGA